AUGACAUGCGGAAGUGUUUCACUACCGGCUCCACUAUGUAUAUUGCAGCUUUCCUACAAUAUCACUCAGUACUCACCUACACCUCGUACGAUGUUCACUGACAAAGUAGUGCUCAUCACAGGAGCCAGCUCGGGGAUAGGAGCUGCCUGCGCUCUUGCCUUCGCUAAAUCGUCAGCCACACUAUCACUAGUAGGACGAAACCUAGACAAUCUAAGCACAAUCGGAAAAGUAUGUGAAAAACUAAACCAUAUAAAACCACUUCUAAUAGUUGCAGAUGUGACAUCAGACACUGACCUAGAUAAAAUAGUAGAAGACACUGCAAAUAAAUACGGAAAAAUAGACGUUCUAAUCAACAAUGCUGGGAUAAACUCCGUGCCCGAAACUCACUCGUCAGCAGAAACUUACGACCGAGUUAUGGCAACGAAUGUACGUGCCACGUACCUGCUCACUACUAAACGACACCGUACUUACUGA